GCUCCUUCACCUUCACUUUACUUCACUGCAGUCACCUUCCUGUAUGUUUGCUUCCCAUUCUGAAAGACACUUCACGAGCUUGUUUAGGUAUUAAAAUUUCACGUUCUCUUUUUCUCAAUCAUGGCCAGACCCCAACAACGCUAUCGUGGAGUCCGCCAAAGGCACUGGGGCUCUUGGGUCUCUGAAAUUCGCCACCCUUUAUUGAAAACUAGAAUUUGGCUUGGAACCUUUGAAACGGCUGAAGAUGCAGCGAGAGCAUAUGAUGAAGCAGCUAGACUCAUGUGUGGACCAAAAGCACGCACCAAUUUCCCAUACAACCCCAAUGAACCACACUCAUCCUCAUCCAAGCUUCUCUCUGCCACUUUAACGGCUAAGUUACACAAGUGUCACAUGGCCUCACUUUCACUUCAAAUGGCCAAACAAAAAUCACCACAAAACAAAGAUCCUCAACCCUCAGAAGGGUCCAAUCCAUUUGCCUCUGCCAAUGUCAUUGUUGGAUCAAGCGCUGAAACUGGUUUUAGAUGGACGGAGAAUAGACACGAGGAGUUAAGGUGGCUCGAAGGGAAUUGGGUUAGCGUGGCAGGCCAAGUUGAAGUUUCCCAUCAGCAAUUUCAACCUGUUCUUGAAGAUGAUCACAUAGAGCAGAUGAUUCAAGAGUUGCUUGAUUAUGGAUCAAUUGAGCUUUGUUCUGUUUGCUCAACCUAGCUCUAAAGUAUUGCGUUUAAAAAACAUUCUGCGAUGACAGUGUCUUCGGCCGUAAUAGUGAAAAUGUGACCGUAUCAGUCGUAUUUACUCAUCAUUUUCAACAAUAUCAAAGAAUGUAAUGAGACCGCAACUGAUUUUUAAAACCCUUGAAGGCAUUCUUCCUUGGCUAAUGCAA